AUGACGGCGACGAGGAGAGUUGUGGUUCCGCUGCGGUGUUUGAAGGAUCCCCAGUUCGUGAAGCUGUUGGAGCAGGCGGCGGAUGAGUACGGGUUCCGGUGUCAAGGUACCGUCGCCGUGUGCUGCCGGCCGGCGGACUUGGAGAGGGUUCUGGCUUGCUGCUUCCGUUGA